AUGUCCAGCAGGAAGCCUCAUGCAGUUCUUGUCCCAUUUCCUGUGCAAGGCCACAUUAAUCCAAUGUUAUGCUUGGCACAUAAUCUUUCUUCCCAUGGAUUCAUCGUUACUUUUGUAACUACUGACUUCAAUCACUCUCGAACAGUGAAUGGCUAUAGCAGUUUUAUAAAUGCUGACAAAGGGAAUGGUACAAUCCAUUUUAGAGCCAUUCCAGAUGGGUUGCCAGAGGAUGAUAGGAGAACAGACUUCGCAAGAUUGGCUCGUGUCACAGAGACAGCAAUGCCUACUUCCCUGCGUAGGCUCAUUCAGGAGAUCAACGAUGACGAAGCUCACAAAGCUACGUGCAUGGUAGCAGACUUUUUUGCCUCCUGGGCUGUGGACGUUGCUAACCACUUUAAGCUUCAAACAGCUGCUUUCUGGCCCGGGCUCAUAGCUGUAUAUGCCAUUAUUUAUGGCAUGCCAGACUUAAUAUCAAGGGGAAUCAUACCACCAAACGGCAUUCCAAACAAGCAUGAACUGGUAAAGUAUGUUCCAGGUAUGCCAAGUCUAUCCUCGGCGAACCUUCCAUGGCUGAUUGGAAGCCGAGCAGACAGAGAAUUUCGUUUCCAGUUCUGGCUUCGCAGCAUCUCUAGAUUCCGCCAGCUCAGAUGGGUCCUCUGCAACUCUUUCAACGCUCUCGAGCAUUCCAUAAUCACCACAUUUCCCAAAGAGGCAGGCAUUUGCCCAGUAGGCCCUUUCCUCCCACAGCAGAAGAAAAAGAAAGAAAAAAUGGACAAAGAUGGGUGCUUACAAUGGCUAGACAAACAGGCUUUGGGGAGCGUAAUAUACGUAUCCUUUGGGAGCAGCAUAGUAUUGAAAGAGAAACAAGUAGAGGAAGUAGCUUUGGCUCUAGAGAAGAGUGGAAGACCAUUUCUGUGGGUUGUGCGCGGAAUAGAGAGGUUUCUUUCUGCAGAAUAUUUGGAGCGAAAUGGAGAAAGAAAGUAUAUUCUUUCAUGGGCUCCACAGAUGAGCGUGCUAUUACACAGGAGUGUGGGGUGCUUCGUGACACACUGUGGAUGGAACUCGACGAUGGAGAGCAUAACGGCGGGCGUGCCCAUGAUUUGCUGGCCUUGCGUUGCAGAUCAAUUUCUUAAUUGUGCUUAUAUUGUUGAUAUUUGGAAGAUUGGGUUGGCUUUAAGUGCAAAUGAUGAAGGAAUUGUGGAAAAAGUUGAGAUUGAGGAGUGCUUACGAAGAAUAAUGGCGACAGAGGAGGGGACUGAGAUUAGGAGGAGGGCCCACAAACUCAAGGAGUGCGCCGUGAAUGCAACAGCAGGAUCUUCGUCCAUUAACUUUACUAGAAAGCAACCAGCCUUUCCUUUAGGUUUCUUGAAACGAGCUAUUAUAGCAGAGGCAGAGGAAAUUAAAAGUACUGUGUGGAGAAUAAUCACGGGAGAAGAAUGUGCAGAAAUGAAAGAGAAGGUAGUCAAACUGAAGGGCAGUGCCAUGGCUGCUGUGAGGGCAGGAGGAUCUCCUUACAAGACCUUCAAUAAAUUUCUUGAUGACACACAUAUAAAUACCGCUUCUGAGGGAUUGGGAUCGCCAUGUUCAUGA